ACACGCACGACAGCAGCAGCAGCGGUUAGUGAGAGAAAGAAGAACGAAAAAAGAAGAGUGAGAGAGCAAUGGCAUCAAACGCAGCGGUGCCGUUUUGGCGGGCAGCGGGGAUGACCUACAUAACGUACUCAAACCUGUGUGCGAACCUUGUGAGGCAGUGUCUCAAGGAGCCAUACCGAUCCGAAGCCUUGACCCGGGAGAAGGUCCAUUUUUCCGUCUCCCAAUGGGUUGAAGGCAAACCCCAGAAACCCACCAUCCGCUCGGAUACUCCUGAAUGAUAUUAGUCAUUGGCCAUUGACUGUUCUAUAAAGUUUAUUCCAGCUGAAGAACAAUUUCCAUUUUUUGUUUUUGUCUGGCUUCACAAUUUGGGCAUAGACAAUGAUGUCAGAUCGUGCAUCAAAUUCUAUUGGCAAUAAUGCAACUGCUAUGGUUUGGAUUUCUAUUGAAAUUUGUUGGAUCUUAGUGGAUGCUAAUUUUCAUUAAAAUGGUUUUUCAGAGUUCUACUUGACUUCCA